UUCCCCUUGUACGUCGGUCGCUGCUUUUUAUUUAGGGCCGAGGCUUAAGUGCCGGUCGGCGGCUCUUGGGAAGCCUCGGUCCGCAAUCUAACUCUAGCUGGGCGGCCUUUAACCCUCCUGGAACCCUGGCCUGCUUGUGUUUCCCUCUCAGGCCUCCGUCGGGCCUAGUGUGCCGGAACCAUGGCCUCGUUCCAUCUGGAUCAUCUAAAGAACUACCACAGAAGGUUUUGCCGGCCUUCCAGAGCACCCAACAUUCAUACAAAGCAAGGCCAGAACAUGCUGGAAAUCUUAGAAGGUUGUUUUGAAGAACAGAAUUCUACAGAGUCAUUGACUUCUUCAACACCUAAGGAUAAAGACAAUUAUAGUCAAUCAGCAAGCGAAGAGUGCCAAGCAUCAUAUUCAAAAUCAGUUCCAGUUUCUUCAAGGAAGAAAGGAGCCUCCCUGCCAGUUUCUGCAGAGCCAGAAACUGAAGCUGCUGCUGGAUCAGUUCAGAGUAAUGAAGUUCAUCAGAAAAGUCUGUCUACUGAUGCUGUCUCCAAAAGUACACCAAACUCAAACAAGAUGUCGAGCAAAAAAAUAAAAGGUCACCAUGGUGCAUCUGUUGAUGAAUUGUACCUAUCUGUUGGCUCCCCUGUGGUUCUUCUGGGUGCAAAAAUGUCUGUGUCACAGAAAGCUGUUUCAUCUGCUGGCCAAAAGAGAGUGGCUUCUGUCUCAAGGAGUUCAAUAGAUAUGCAGUCUUCAAAUAGAGAGAUUUCUUUUAAAACCAGGAAAAGGUUAAACUUUGAAGAUAAAGUUAUUUUGAACACAGCAGAAAUAGAUAACGAUGCAUUACAAGCAGAGGAUAACAUACCCGAGGGACAAGAAGGGACCUCGUCAGAAGUCUCUCGGAAAAGAGACGAUCUGAGCUCUGAAGUUCAACCACAGUCUAGAAAGAGUUUUUCAGAAUUGUUUUUAGAAACUGUCAAGAGGAAAAGUAAAUCCAGUUUUGUGGUUAGGCACACAGCAGCAGUUCCACCUCCUCCGUCUCCAAACCACAUGAAGUUACUAGAAGAUGAAUUUAUUAUUGAUGGGUCAGAUAGAAGUUUUUCAGGUCAACCUUGGGUGACAAUACCAAGGAAAGGCAGACAUCUGAGCCACCACAUGCCAUCUCCUGAGAACAGCGCAGUGCCUCAAGGUAAGAAGUCAAGAGAGAAACCUCAUAGUUUAUCUUCAGUGACUGUGAUAAAUAACGCACAGACUGAUAAGGCUCCCCCAGUAGAAGAAGCUCAGUUCUCUGUUGGAGAAAACCUGGGAACUACUUGGACAAAUGAGUUGGAAAACAACUGUGAUUCUUCAGAAAAUGGAAUGUACUCUGACAAUGCCAAAAAAGCAUCCACACAGAGAAGGACUGUGAAGCGGAAGCCUAACGUGGCUGAAGAGCUCACUAUGGGACGUCGUAAAAGUGAAAAUGGGACUAUGUCAAAAAGUAGCCAAGACAAGUUCCAAAUAAAUUCAGAAAAAAGUAUGGAAGACUGUGAAGAGGUGAGGAUUGAGCCUAUUCCCAAGAAACACACGCCUGCUCUUGAAAAUAAGAAAAAAAAGAAUAGCACCCAAACAGAUAAGGAAAAAUCUGGAAGGAAAUGUUUUUCUAAUGGAUCCAAGAACAAAUUUGUUUCCAAAGAAGUAACUUUGCCUUCCAGGAAAAGUUGUAGAGUUUCUCAGCAUCCAUCUGACUGGUGGAUGGUAAAACCAAAUGAAAGUUCUGUUGAUGGAAAUUCUUCAAAAGAAAAUGAAUCAUCAGUGGUAUAUCCCAAAAGAAAAAAACAGACCAAGAGAAAUCAUGUGUCUGAGAAUACUAGGAAGAAACCUUUUCCAUCAAAAAGACAGAAGACAGAGAUCAGCUCAAAAGUACAGAAGUCUUUAAAUGUAAAGGGUUCUGGAGGAAGUGUCAGUGCCCAUGAUGACAUUUCUAGUUCCCAGAGGAAGCCAUUGAAAAACAUUGAGGGAGACCCAACUCAGAAGAGCCUUAAUAUUUCUAGACGUACAAGGAGCUCUAAGUAUCAAAAGAGUGUUAUAACAUCACAGAGUGUUCAUUUAAAGUCUCAUACUGAGGAAUACACAAGCAAGACACCAAUGGAGUCUACUUCAGAUUCAGAAGUGUGUAAACAUUUGGUGUGGGAAGAAAGUGGACCGUCCAGCUUCAAGAAUUGUGAAAUGCCUAGAAGCAAUAAUUCUGGAAUGAGUGAUAAAAAGGACCAGAAGAGUUUGGGUUUGAAAACAAGAGGUUCUAAUAUGAUACCAGAUAGGAAUUUACAUCACAAAUUAGUGUUUGGGAGGUGGGCUUGGUAUGGGACUCCUUUGGCCAAUGACUCAACAAGAUGUAACCCAUUCCUAGCACUGGAGAGUUCGAGUUUAGUUGGUGGUGUAUGGUGUCCAGUUGAGGUUUUUUAUGUUAACUCUGGUGACCUUUUAUGCACAUUACAUGAAACACCUUAUAUGAUUACCACUGGGGAUUCAUUCUAUGUUCCUUCAGGUAAUCAUUACAACAUUAAAAAUCUCUUGAAUGUGGAAAGUUGUCUUCUUUUUACUCAAAUAAAAAGGUGAAAUAAAUGUGUAUGUAUAUAAAAUAAGUUGUUUAUAUAUACAUUUUUGUAACUGAUUAUUUUAAAGUAAAAUUUUUGUCUAGUUUUGCAUUAAUCAUUUCAUACUCCUUGUUAAAUAUUUCAUAAUCUUGUAUGUAUCUUGAUUUUUCCUUAAGUGUAAAUACUGUGUUUAGUGAUGACCAUUUUGUUGGUAUUGUUUUGAUCUUGAAAAGAAAAAGCAACAACAAAAGAAACUAAAAUCACUGUUCCCACAAUAUAAAAUACAUCUGCUAUAAAAAAAACUGAUUAGUUUGUCCAUUCAUUUGCAAUAGUUGGUUCCAAAUCUAAAUUUUAAAUCAUCGGUCAUUCAAGAAUCUAAUAGAAAGCUGUUGUAAAUGUGCUGAAUUAAUUUCCAUGGACUGCUGUAACAAAAUGACCUAAACCACUGG